AUGGAGAUGCACCACAAGCUGCGGCGCGACCCCACCCGCAGCAGCAGAGGCAGCAGCAGCAACCGCAGCAGCAGCAGCAGCAGCUAUAGCAGCAGCGGUAGGAGCAGCGGCAGCAGCGGCAGCAGCGGCAGCAGCGGCAGCAGCAGCAGCAGCAGCACGCUCGGCCACAUGGCCGCCUUGUGCCCCAACGGCACCGUGAACUGGAAGCAGAUCUACGGGGAGGAGGCAUUCCUGAUGCGGCCGCCCAUCUACGAGAGCGACCUGCGUGAGAAGCGGAAGGCUCACGAGUUUGACCUGACUGACAUUGAGAAGCGCGCACGGGACUUUGCGCAGCGGCAGGCAGAGGUGUUGGCGCAGCAACCGGCGGUCGCCGCCCCAGCAGCGGCGGGCGCGGCGGCUGGUGGCGCUGCAGCGGCGGCGACGCCGGCGGGGGCGGCGCCGCAGUUGCCGCCUGACUGGGCUGUUGCUCACGACGCUGCGGGCAAGCCGUACUACUGGAACAAGGCCACGCGCGUCACCACCUGGUCCUUGGAGGUUAGUGGGGGAACCUGA